GAGAGAGAGAGAGAGAGAUUGUGUGUCCUGGUUAGUCUCAUGAGUGAGAAAGACGGAGCAGGGAGGGUCUGCAGCGCGGUGCACGUCUCGGGCAGAGAGAAAGAGGUGCGAGUUCACUUGUUGGUGCCACUUUUAAGAUACUUUUGAUGCUGGGCAAAAGACUUUCAUACCUGCCAUACAAGGACCACAACGGAUCACAUGCAGUCUCAGCAACGUAUGGAAGUGGCUGGAGAUCCAAAUGGCUCCCGGGUCGUCAUGUCCAGGGAGCCUGGAGUUUCCUCAACCCAGCAUAUCCUGACAUCUCCAGAGCUGACACAUGAGGUGGUCAUCUCACCUGGACUCCCUACACCUCCUCUGAGUCCUUUUCGCUCUGCACGGCUGCCAUCUGGAGAGUACAAGGUGUCAGAAGUAAAUGGAAGUGGACCAACAACUCUAAGCUUUGGAUCUUACUAUGGCCCCUCACAAAUGCAUGGUGGACUGUCCAAUGGUGUCCAGGGCUCUGCCACUUUACCACGCAGCUGGACUCCCACCAGGGAGGAGAGGCUUAUCAAGUUCUCAGGAAUAGGUCCAGUGGAUGAAACUGGGAUGCCCAUUGCCUCCAGAUCAAGUGUUAACAAGCCCAGAGACUGGUACAAGAGCAUGUUCAGACAGAUUCACAAGAAGCUAGAGGAACCCGAGCUGGAGGAUUCAGAGCGGUGGUCAGCUGAGCGGCUCCAGUUAUCUGCCCACACGGAGGAAAGUAAUGAAGCAGACAAGAAUCUCUUCAGACUAACACCAUAUGGAGCUCUACCAGACUGGAGCGAGGAUGUAGAUAAGCUGUCAGACCCGGGAAAGCAGCACCCUCAACCGAGAAGCAUAUACGACUUUGAGCCUGGAAAGAGUAGCACCUCAGAAACCCGCAGCCAGGUUCAUGUGCCCCCGAAGAAACAACCUGAGACACCAAAGUCCCCUUCAAUUGAGGCCAGUCUGGUCUCUGAGCUGAGCCGGUUUGAGGCUGAGCUGGACUCGGAGAUCCAGGGCCUGGAGAGGAGACUUUCCCAGAAGAAGCACCGUCGUGGCCGGGGUGAGGAGGCCAGAGACAGGGAACCGCUGACUGCUCCAAAGACUGCGACUCCAAACUACAGCAGUUUAUCAGCAGCAAAGCAGCCUGUCCGUCGCUCUGCUGGAACACCAUUGACCUCUGCUCCCACAUAUGACCGUCUUUCCCCUGCAAAUGAAACCAUGGAGCUCCCACCCAAGAAAGAGGAGAAAAAGAUGAAAGCAGCACGAGCCAAGUUCAAUUUCCAGGCUCAGUCACCCAAGGAGCUCAUGCUGCAGAAAGGCGACAUUGUUUACAUCCACAGGCAGGUAGAUGCCAACUGGUUUGAAGGAGAACAUCACGGAAGAGCGGGCAUUUUCCCCACAUCUUAUGUGGAGAUUCUGCUUCCUACAGAGAAGCCCACGCCUAUAAAGCCUCCCACUGUGCAGGUGCUGGACUACGGGGAGGCCGUGGCUCUGUUUAACUUUAACGCUGACCUGCCUGUUGAACUUUCUUUCCGGAAAGGUGAAGUGAUCGAUAUAACCAGGCGUGUGGACGAUAAGUGGUUAGAGGGGAGGAUCUCAGGGACCAACCGGAGCGGUAUCUUCCCAGCCAGUUAUGUCCAGGUCAACAAGAUGCCUCGCACCAAACUCUCCACUGACGACUGCUCCCUGGGCCCCAUGUCCCCCAUGUCCCCCCUGUCCCCCCCGCCUCAGAGUCCAGGGCGUCCACCCCACUCACCCUGCCCCCGGUCACCAUUGUCCCCUUUCACCCCCACUUCCCUCAGCCCCAAACCUGAGCACUCCCCCUUGAAGCCGUCUUCACCUGUACCUUAUGGCAGCCCAGCUUCACAGUCACGCUCCCCCACCCUGACACCCGUAUCCAAAGAGACGGCCAAUCGGUGGCCCUCCAAAACUACUUCACCCACCAACUUAAACAGCCACUGGGCCGGGACACACUCAGCUACCCAGAGCUCCGCGGCCAGAGCCGUUUCACCCUCCACUCAGUCAUCAGCGUCCGUACACAGAGCAGGAGCCACCACAGCGAACACUCCCAGAUACACUGACCCCUCACAGAGCGUGAUACCAAACCAGGCUGCUCGGUCUAAUCCGCACAUUAACUCCCUGCCGCAAACACAAGUGCCAAACAACCCCAAUUCAGCAGUGGUGCAACGCCAACCAUAUAAAGCUGUUUACAACUACAAACCACAGAACUCAGACGAGUUGGAGCUCAGAGAAGGAGACAUUGUACAAGUGAUGGAGAAAUGUGAUGAUGGCUGGUUCGUAGGUACGUCAGAACGGACUCGUGCUUUUGGGACUUUUCCUGGGAAUUACGUGGCACCUCUUUGACCUCCUCACUUCUCGCUUGCCCACCUGGACUCAUAAGAGGCCAGCCAGACACUCACUCAGCUCUCUUCAGCAGAUACCGCUUUGACACCCCAGCAUUUCUUGUUCCCACUAAACCACCACACUCCCAAACUCAGACCUGCAUUUUUACUCUGUUCCUCAGAGCAGAGGUGAAGGCAGGGACACCGAGUGGUUUUUCACCUCACCUCCCUGCAUGAACCCGUGUGAAGUGUGUGUGUGUCUGUGUGUGUGUGUUUCACAGAGACUGGUAGAGUGUUUUCACACACACACCACUUGAGAGGAAAGAAUGAAUGCUGAUGAUACUGUUUCAGAUGCAAAGAAUGGACUUUUUUGUUCCACAACGACUUGCAGCUGCAGGAAAUUUGCAUUCCUUCCCAGUGAACAGCUCUGUUCCCUCUGAGGUCCUGAUACAGUAUGAUGCUGCAUUCAGCUUUUGGUCGCCACAGUGCCAUCACAAACCACUGCUGACAAUUUAUGCAUUAGGACAGCACAUUUUUCAGGCAUUUCAUGGACUAAUGUCUGCUUCAAAUGUCUUCCUCAGAUUUUCUUUCAGAUCUCUGAAAAUACCCAGGGCAAGUCUGAGGAAACAACACGAACAUCUGUAGAUAUGUGCUUAAAGCAACGCACAGUAAGGGCCUGGAUAUGUCAGUGGAAGUUUACAGCCUUUCACAAGGCUAAGCAAAGAUGAGCAAAUAUAAUUAAUGCAUGUACUGGUUUCUCAAGCAAGUUGUUCAUGAGAGAGUAUUUGGCUUUUGUGGAUGUCCCUUUUGAGCCGUAGAGUGGAAUGCCAAAUGUGAAAGUAAAGAGAUGGAUCAUGAGAGAAGUUGCUUUGCUCUGAAAUUAAAUGUCAAUAAAUGUCAAACCUCUGUAAGUUAUAUACGAUUAGCUGUGUCGAAUAAGUUAAACCUGGACUUUGCCUCCACAGCAAAUGGUUAAAUGAUAUUUUGAAGUAUUUAAUGUAAUGCUAUAAGUGCCAAAUCUAACAUUUCAUGACAUUUCUCUUUUUUAGAUUAUCCAUUUAACAAUUCCAGCUCUCUUCAUUUUUACUACUACUGCUUUUAUAAUGCUUUCUCUGCUUACAGGGUUAACAUUAUCACUUUGACAGUAUUUCCAAAAUCACUUAAGUUUGUACCAGUGCGACUUUUGACAAAUGUGACCUAAUUAGAAAUCCUUAUCAUGAGGUCAUAAUUGCAAUUUUAUAUGAUACAUUCAUGAUUUUACUGUAAAAAAGAAUCAUAUUUAGAAGAAACACAAGAUGAUUGUACAGACUGUAACCUGUUAUCAAAUUGAAAGUAUAAUAUAUAUUUGCUUAUAAAACAAUGUAUCUCAUAUGUAUGGUACGCAAUUUUUUAAAAACAAUUAAAUAUUACAGAGUGA